UGUUGUCGCGAUAGCGGGCGCAGGAUGGUGGUGCGGCGGCUGCUGUUCCUGCUGCUGAGCAGCCCGCACCUCAUCCAGAAGCUCUCCGAGUCCCGGCCCAUCCGCGCCGCCGCCCGCAUCGCCGUCGCUGCCAUCACCCGGGGGCAGCUCGGCGCCCGCCAGGCAGCGCGGGACCUGGGCCCCCGCCUCAUGCGCCUGCGCGACGCCUUCCGGGAGGAGCUCAAGGACGGCGCCCGGCAGCGGCCCCCCGGGCGCGGGUCGGGCCGAGGAGGCCGUCCCGGAGCCACCUCCUGAGCGCCGCGCACGGCGGGAGGCGGCUGCGGGGCGGCAGCUGGCCCGGGAUCCCGCCACGGAGGAAGAGGAGAAGGAAACGGCGACCGCGGGCCUGCGGCAGGACCGGAGCGUGACAGCCGGCGGGUGAGCGGGCGCCGGGGCCCCGGUGACGGGGAUCGGGUGACAGCUGAACCCCAUCGGCUUCCACCGAACCGGGCACGGGUCGGGGCUGCUGCGGCAGCCACGGUUACCCCGGCCUGACCGAAGACGGGUGGCGGAGCUGCGGACUGAGGCUGCCGUUCCGCAGCGCUGCCGUGAGCGGCUCCUGAGGCCCAGCAUGAGGAGGGGACGCGUGCGGCUUUUUGCUACGGGGGAUUUUCAUUUCAAAGUCAGUUUACAUUUUCCACAGAACUCAGUAACAGAAGGCAGACUCGCAUCAAACAUCAUCCAGAAUACUGUCGACAUAAUCACUUUAAGUGCUUGAUAUGAAACUUGAAAUAAAAACAAAUUGUGCAGUGGA